ACAAACCAGACAGUGACAGAUUUGACAGCGGCGAUCCGAGGCAAGUGUGCCCACAUUGCCAAGGCAUUUUAUAGUCCUACUAGCAUCGACCAAUCGUCUUUAUCCCCUGGACAGUAAAGUGUUUGUACUUAAUCGUGUCUUAGAUUUAUAUAGCUUUAAGUAGUUGACUAAAGAUGCUCACAUAGCAAGGUAGCUAGCUAGAGUUAGCCAACUAGCUAGAGAGCAAAAAGCCUUUGUUCCGUCAACCAGAUCAAUAAGGCUAUAAUUUGCUAAACAGCUACAUAGCUACACAUUUUAUCGGCGAAUUCUAGCUGCAUAAACCUAGCUAGCUAUCGAAAUGUCUAGCCUACGUAGGCAAUAACAUUGUCAGGAUCACGUAAAUACCAUAGCUGAAGUAGGUUAGCUAAGUUAACUAGCUAGCUAUGCUACGACUGAAAACUCAGCUUGUUAUCCUAGAUGACUAGCUAACCUUCUGCGAUAUACCAAGCGGAGGAUUGUAGCUCGGUCACUUUGUUUUCAUCUCUAGGUUGCAAAGGAGCAGCAUCAGGCACAACGCUGUGACGAGGCAGACGCUUCACCGCAGGACCCGGAGGGCCGGAAAAUGCUUAGGACUGCGGGGGAGAGACAUGACGUUGCCAGGGGGAAGAUUGUAACCAUAGAUGAUUACGACUGUCGGAUUUGCGGCUACAAAGCAGCAGACGUCCGUGGUCUUAGCCAGCAUCUACACACUAGUCAUCCUGUUACUGCGCUGCCUGGCCCGAGCUCACUAAAUGGUGAGACAAGGAGAGGAAAGAAGGAGGAGGUUGUCCAGGUUACAUGUGUGGACCAAAGAUCAGAAGGACAGCGGAGCCCGCCAGCUGGAAAAACAGUGCUUUCUGAGGGGGCCACAUUUUCCUUAUUCAAGCAUUUAGAGAAGAGCAGACAUACCUGUACAGUGGAGAACCAGGUACCAGAGACGGAGCACGUUGAGACUGUGAAAAAAAUAACUGCUACCAAGGCCAGCAAAAGCUCAUCCCCUGCCUCCAUUUUGCCUCAGAGGAAGGCCUCAUCCUCUUCAGGGUCUACCAAUGGAAACCAAAGCGAGGACUCUGCCUCGUCCGGCACAGCUGGCCUCAACCGAACACCUCUGGUGUGUCUGCCGCUGGUGUCCGAGGGCCUGAAGCUGGUCUGGGUGCGCUCGGAGCAGACACGGGAGCUGGAUGAUGUUUCAGAGCUAGUGGAAGCAUUCAAUGCCUUCCCGUACCCCACUGAGCAGGAGGCCAGUGCCCUGGCACGUCGCUGCUCUCUGCAGCCUGAUCGUGUCAAGGUGUGGUUCAUGAUGCAGCGCGUCCGCUACGGCAUCAGCUGGGCUGACGCUGACAUCCACCAGACCCGUCUCAGACUGCGGCGCCUGCAUGGAGGGCCUGCCGGGGACGGUCUCGAGGAGAAGGACAAAGAAGAUGAACUGCGGGACUUUUUGAUGCAUGAGAACACAAGGCAGGAGGAGCCGCAUCGGGGUUUCAAACAGGCAACUACGAGGGAAUCCUAUAUGGGGCACACGCCUCAUGCGGUGGUCCAUGGCAAUGGUUUACUUCAGCACUGUGCCAGUGACUACAGCAGCAGUCCUCUCAUACAAUACGGUGCCAAUAAUCAGUACACCAACGGUUUGGAGCAGCCUUUGAAGUGCAGAGCCGAAGCCCAGCACACGAGUGCUUUCGAGCACUCUUCCUCGCACAGAAUCCCUCCUCAUCCUCACAAUGACAUGAACCACUUACCUCCUGGCGAAGCUGAGUUUCAAAGCCCUGUUGUGUACACAUGCCCACCACAACCCAGCACCGACAGAUACCGCAGCAGCACAGCAGAGUACACGGCCCUGAUGUACCCUCCCAGGACGGAGCCCGGCUGUGCCCCCACUGUGCAGCUGCGGAAGAAGUCCAAAGCCCAGCUUAUGGUGCUCCGACGCAGUUUCGUCCACAGGAACUGGCCCACGGAGGCCGAGGUUCAGCGCCUGCAACGCGUAACCGGGCUCAGCCGUCACGAGAUCCGCAAGUGGUUUGCUGACAGCCGCUACCAGCUUCGCAGGAGCGGCCGGGGCUGGUCGGCUGGAGACGGAAGGCGAAGUCGACCCCAGCAAUUGCUUGGUAGAUUUCGAAGGCGAUUGGACACCGGCAGCCUAUAUGAAGCCAAUGAGGCUGUUGGCUCAGGGGCAGGAUUUGAGCUUGACCUGGACGAACACAUGGAGGGUAAACAGGGCCCUCUUGUGGAAGGAGUCAGUAGGACAGAUACAGGAAAAGAGCAAGAGUGUGACGACCUGGAUCUUGGUGAUGGUCAUACUUCCAUUAAACAGGAACAACAGGAGAUUGACAUAGACCUCUCAGUAGAUCCUUCCCCAUCUCCCUCCUCCUCCUCUCCCUCUCCAUCAUUCCUGCAGGGCCAGGCGCCCAGCGCUGGACCCGAGCCCUACCUCCGCAAGAAGACCCAGGAACAGCUGGACGUGCUCAGGCAAAGCUUCCUGCGCUGCCAGUGGCCCAGCAGCAAUGACUACACAGUCCUCCAGAGGAAGACAGGUCUCACCCGGACAGAGAUUGUCCAGUGGUUCGGGGACACCCGAUACCACAUCAAACACUCCAACAUGCGCUGGAUGAGCCCGGAGAACAGGGAGCGCAUAAUCGCAGGGCUCACAAAACAGCAGAGGAGAGGGGGGAGGAGUGGCCAGAGCAGGGCGUGGCGCGAGAGAGCAGAUGCCCGCCUCAGUUUGGGGGCGUCUCAAGCCAGUAAUGGGACAGGAGAGAGUGAGGAGAGAACGUGGGAUGGCUUAUACAGGCUGAGGCCUUCAGGACUGGCAUGUGGUGAUCUUUGACCAUGGGAUCAUUGUAAAAUAAUAUAUUAUGUAAGAGAGCAUUUAGAUUAACAGAAAAGUAGAGUCUGUAGAGUCUGGACUCUACGUGACUGCCACAUAAAGUAUAUAACAUCAUUUUUUUUAAAGUUUGUCUUUGUCUCAUGUCUAGUAUUUAUUACCACUGAUGCAUCGAUACAAUCUGGUGCUGCAUUAGAACCCUUAAUACUAAUAUAUAUAUAUAUAUUUAUA